CUUCUCUCCGGCAUGGUAUUUGGGUCCAUAUCAUGUGUUUAUCUAAAGAUUGGAAAAUAAGAUGAGUUCUCAGAAGGGUAACGUAUCUCGGUCGCGAGGCCAGAAGCACCAAAACAGCACUGCCUACAAAAAUGAUAAGUACGGAGCGACUGUACAAGUGAAGAAGGCAAACUCAAAGAUCCAUGAUGGCCUCUGUCAACAUUGUAAGGGUGUUCUUGAGUGGAAAGUGAAGUACAACAAAUACAAGGCACUGACACAGCCCAAAAAAUGUGUCAAGUGCUCUCAGAAGACAGUGAAGGAUGCAUACCACAUUGUUUGUAAACCCUGUUCUCUUCAGCUUGAGAUCUGCUGCAAGUGUGGGAAGAAAGAGGACAUCAUUAUUCCAAUAAACAAAGGGGACGAUGAAGAGGAAGAGGAGGAUGUUAAACAGGUUAAGAAAGGAUGUGGACGAGGGAAGAAGGACUUGGAUGACUUGGACAGUGACGAUGAUUAUGAUGACGACGACUUAAGUGACCUCAAAGAUGAUGAUGAGGAUUUCCAAUGUGACUCAGAAACCAAGAAGGCGCAGAAAAAGUCUGAUGUGCUUCCAGAUGUAUCCAGAGUCAAAGUUAAAGACUAACGACAUUGAAACGACAGUGAGAGGGUUCUUUUGUACCAAGUGGACCUUUUUUUUUUUCUUUUGAAAAAAAUAUGUACAUAAAGCAAGUUCACAAAUCAAAGUACAGUGUAAGGUCUGAGAUGUGAUGAUACUCAGAUGAGCCGUAUAAUGUACUGCACAUUCACAAACCUAUUCACAAAUAAAACCAGCUGGAUAUAUACCGCACAUUUGAAUAGAAUGGAAUAAAGACAUGUACAUGGUGUGCAUUUAUUUAAAAUUUGUGUAUCUACGCAACCCAUUCUUCUCACAAUAAUUGAACUAAUAGAGGUGUUGAAGUGUCAGCAGCACUAAAAACAGAAGUUCAGGCUUUGCUAGAACAUCAGGAACUGGCUCUGUCUACAUUCAUGAAAGUUAUCAUGUUCAGUCUUUUUAAAACUGCUGUAGAGAGGUGCUGAUGUAACUUUGUAAUAAUAGAGGCUGUAAUUAGUGACACUUGAAUUGCAUCAUUAUGAUGAGAAGUGCUUGUCAUGUUUUGUUCACUGCAUAUUAUUGAGGGUUAACUACAUAUUAAAACACAUUUCAGUAUAA